AUGUCGCUUCUAAUUCCAGCAAACUUUACCUCCACCGAGAAGGCAAUCGAAGGUAGUCCACCGGUUCACUACUCUCCUGGAAUCGGUUAUGCUGCUGUUUCAUUUAACACUUUUUCAGAAUCUUUAAAUCCAUCAGAAGAAUCUACCGCUACCAAAUUUAACGUGGGCUCAAUGAACUGUUCUCUUCAAGUUUAUUGGGAGACAGGUGCUGACGAGACCAAAUCUAAUCGAAAAUGGAUGGUCGACACCGAUAAUCUUAAAAAUCGCUUAAAUAAGUGA